AUGAAAAGCAGUGCAAUAAAAGUAAACAAAGCAGUGAAGUGUCAGCUCGACCAAGAGCUCGAGUCGAGUAGAGCAAAAGCCUUUAAAUACAAGAGGAUUAGGUUUAGGGUCAAAGGAAAGUCAAGGGGGAAGCAACAUUUUUCGGGUUUGACUUUGACUCCCCAGCUCGAUCGAGUUGAAGCUUGGCCGGUCGAGUUGAGGAACUCGACCGGUUGGUCGAGUGGACGGUCGAGCUGGUCUUCAAGAUGGCUUCUCCCUUCUUCCUUUGCGUAUCCAGUUGAGCUGCUUCCAUGUGCCAAGUCCCUCCAUGCUCCUUGUCCCAUAUGCUCCAGAAUGCUCCAAAAGACCUAUUUCAAAGGACCAAACAUGCAUAUCUGUCCGCUCUACUUCACACCUCUACGGUCACCUGAAAACAUUAAACAAAAGGAGGAUUCCCUAAACUCCAAACACAAACGCCGCGGGCUUCUAACCCCACCUGCACCUGCAAUGAGGCGCCUAGGUGCAUUAGCCACAUUCUCUGCCCACGCCUGUGAAGGUUCACGCUUAUCCGGAAUCACACAGAAACUAGAUGAACGUCUUCACCCGGGCACUACAGUCCAUCGCGGUACCCGGUUCAUCCUUCCAUCUAUUGGCCUUACUGGCGCACCAUGCCAAUGUCUGGUUGGAUCCCAUAUCGUCAUAUGGUACCAUACUCGGCCAAGGCAGCUGACCAGGUUAUCCUCCGAGUCUUCCUCCCUUCAUGCACAGCAUCCACGCUGCCAAUCCGGUUGGGCUCUGACGUGCGAGAAUGCGCUUGACUACACCUUCCUAGACAACAUGUGGUUAGACACGCCACAUGUUCUCAGUACUUAG